AUGUCAGUCGAUCAGUUGGAUUCCGCUAUUGGUGAUACAUUAGUAACACGUGUUACUGAUAAGACCUAUGUUCCGAUUCGUUCGUUAUAUUCGAAUCAGCCUGUCGUUAUGAUUUUUCUACGUCGUUUCGGCUGUCAACUAUGUCGUUCGUAUGCAUUGAAAUUAAGUAAUGAAUUACAUCCAAUUUUAAAAAAGAACAAUAUUGGUUUUGUCGGUAUUGGACUGGAACAGUUUGGCUUAGAGGAAUUUCAGCAAGGAAAUUACUUUUCGGGCGACCUUUAUGUUGACGAAGGCAAGAAAACAUAUCGUACCCUUGGCUUACCUUAUCUAGGUUGGAUAAAAGGCAUUUCUGAUCUUUUCGUCAGUUCCACAAGAACGUGGAACGACGAAACUAAAAAGAUGGGUGUUACGGGAAACUUGAAAGGUGAUGGCUUCCAGUUAGGUGCUACAUAUGUUGUCGGACCGAAAGAUGGGAAAGUUUGGUUAGCUCAUCCUCAGAAAGAUUAUGGUGAUCAUCCAUCAAUCGACGAGAUCGUGAAAACACUUCGAAAUAACAUAAUUCGAUUCGAUCUUCAUCUAUCCGAUAAAAAGCAAGAAUGGGAUCGUUUUGUGAGAAAUACAUUCACCAUCAUUUAUUCGAAAGAACUCAAUGCAUCACUUUAA